ACAAGACGGACUGUGUGUGAUUAGAGCUAAAGCAAAUACAAACAUGUUUUCUGGUGGUUUUCGUGGUCAGAAACUAAAGACCAGCCUCCGGCUAUCUAUUAACCGGUUAAAGUUAAUGGAAAAGAAGAAAACUGAGAUGGCAUUAAAAGCAAGAAAGGAGAUUUCUGAUUUUAUUCAAGCAAAUAAAUUUGAUCGAGCUAGAAUUCGUGUAGAGCAUAUUAUUAGAGAAGACUAUCUUGUUGAAGCGAUGGAAUUGAUUGAAAUGUAUUGUGACCUGUUGUUGGCAAGGUUUGGACUCAUAGAAAGUAUGAAAUAUUGUGACGAAGGACUGGUGGAAGCUGUUUCCACAAUUAUUUGGGCGGCCCCAAGAUUGUCAGCUGAUUGUCAAGAACUUCGAACGGUCACUGAGCAGUUGACAUUUAAGUAUGGAAAAGAAUUUGGUCAACAAGCAAGAUCCAACACAAACAACACAGUCAAUGAAAGAUUAAUACAUAAACUGAGUCCGGAUCCUCCACCAAAAAUUUUGGUUGAAAGAUAUUUAAUCGAAAUUGCAAGGAAUUAUAAUGUUCCUUUUGAACCUGAUCCAGAUGUUAUGAUGAGUGAAGGAGUUCCAAGUAUCGACUCCAAAGAGUUUGAAGGAAUAGGUGGUCCUCAAUUAGCUCAACCUCCAGGUAUUGGUUUUAAUCAUUUCAACGAUGACUUCGGACCACCGCCUCCUGGUGGCAAUAGUGGCAACAGUGGGUUUAGCGGCGGCGGUAGCUUUGGUGGUGGAAGCAAUUUUAGCGGCGGUGGUGGAAGCAAUUUCGGUGGCGGUGGGGGGAGCAAUUUUGGUGGUGGUGGUGAUUUGGCUUAUCCCCCACCCCAAAGUCAGAGAAUGGCACCUCCCUACCCUACGAACGAUUCAAAACCAUAUCCUAUGGACCCCAACGAUGCGGUUCCACGAUAUACUGCAGGUCCGGGCAUGAAUACAAGCGCGUCUGCGGGUGCAAGUAUUGGCAAACCGACUGCACCACCUUCUGGAAUGAGUAGCAUACCAAACCUGCCAGAUAUUCCAACUGGUUCGUUAAGCCACGGUCAACCGUCAGUUGGUGGGCAAAGUACAGGAGGUGAUGUUGAUUUCGAUGACUUGACGAGAAGAUUCGAAGAACUUAAGAAGAAGAAAUAAACUAACACGAAUAGUUCUAAAUAUCUAUAUAAAAAAAAACAAUUUUAUACUUGAUUGUCCCGCAGUCGGUGAGACAGUUAACGUCACUAUGGUCGACGUUUGGUUUGACGACGUUUGAAUGACGUGUGUCGGUUAUAUUCUUAUGUUCGGAAAGACAAUUUAAUAAGAUUCAAUGUAUGUUGUAAUCGCUUUAAGCCUGCCUUUCAGUAAGAGGGUCGAAAAUUUGUCGCACAUAAAUGUGGUUUCUCUUUCAUGGAAUCUCCAUGUUUCUCGUUUAUGACAACAAUAAUUGGUACUUUCUCAUUAAAAGAAAGGUCAGACUUUGUAUGACAUGGAAACCAUUUCUCGCGUUAAAAAUUCACUGCUUCUGUUUUGCCGAUUUUUAUUUUUGUAUAAGUUUCUAUUGUUUUGUAAUGUCUUUGUUAAUGUUUUUCAUUUUGUUCGUAUUGUUCAAUUUCGUUUGUUGUUGUUAUUGUUGUUGUUGUUGUUGUUGUUGUUGUUUGUGUUACUACAUAAUAAAUAACUAUUUUUUAAA